ACUUCCGGGACCUUCCUUCCACUUCUAUAGUAAUUCGAUUUUCUUUGCACUCUAUACCCAAACAUGUUUAUGUAUAAAUAAUUGAUGAACAUGCAUGGAUUUAUAGCUGUGCAUUGUGGCGCAGGCUAUCACAGCGAUACAUUGAAGAAAGAAUACCAAAAGGUUUGCUAUGCGGCCUGUAGAAAAGCAACACAAGCUCUUCGUGAAGGUGGAAAUGCUGUGGAAGCUGUGGAGAAAGCAAUUAUUGAAUUAGAGAACAGCCCAUUAACAAAUGCUGGCUACGGCUCCAACCUCAGCUGGAAUGGUCUAGUGGAAUGUGACGCUUCCAUUAUGAAUGGUCAAACUCUACACUUUGGUGCAUGUGGGGCAGUGUCCAAUGUGUGGAAUCCUAUCACUUUGGCAAAGCACCUUUGCAUAAAGCAAUGUAACAGUUUAUCACUGGGCCGCGUACCACCAUGCAUACUUACAGGACAAGGAGCCAAAACAUGGGCAGAAAGAAUGGGCUUAGAAAUAGUUGACAACAAAAGAAUGAUCUCUGCUCGCGCAUUACGCAACUAUAAGCAUUGUAAAAGAAAAUUAAAAAGAUAUUCACUCCAGAAUGAUAUAAAGUUCAGCCCUCUUGAUACAGUUGGGGCAGUAUGCGUUGAUUCGAAUGGAGUAGUGGCAGCUGGAGCAAGUUCUGGUGGUGUUUCACUGAAGCAUGAAGGCAGAGUAGGACAAGCUGCCUCAUUUGGCAGUGGUGUGUGGGCAAUCAUGAGCAGAGAUGGAGCGACUCCUUCCAUUGCUUCAUGCACAUCUGGAUGUGGUGAACAUUUAAUCCGGACCCAAUUGGCAAAAAAUACGGCAGAGAGUUUACUUCAACCAUCCCCAGUAAUAAGUCUAGAUAAAUGUCUCAAAGAGGAUUUUAUACAAUCUCCAUUUUUGUGGGAUGUGUCUGAAAGGUUGGGAGGAACCUUAGCUAUGAAGUUUGACCCUCAAACUGGAUAUGGAGACUUGCUAUGGGGUCACACAACAAAAACCAUGUGUGUCAGUUACAUGUCUACAGAAAGUGAAAGACCAAAGUGUGUAAUUUCUCAUCUUCCAUCUAAAGUUGUGCCUGGAUGGAAAGCAGUUGUGUCUGGUCAGCCUUUUAAAGUUCCUAUCCAACCAUUUCCAGUGCUGCAGUGGGAGAUCAAAACGGAUCUCAACUCUAAUGGAUCUCUUUAGGUUAAUUAUGUACAUUUGUGAGAAUGAGCAAUUUGUAAUAGAUAAGAAAACUCAAACAAUAUCUAUAAAAAGCUAAUUUUGUGUGGAAUGUGAACUGUGAAACUUCAUCUUGUGUGCAUUGUAAUUGUGACAGUGCACUAGAUUUUAUUUAAAAGAAUGUUAGAAUAAUAUGCUUUUACAACUAAGCCACUUGUAUAAUUGAUUAGCUAGCCUAUAUUGAGCAAAAAUCUAAGAUGCAUUUAGAUGUAGAAAAAUGAAUGCAAAUUAUAUUUAGCAAAAAGGUUUGCGAUUUGUUGCUUUUCUCUUACGAGCUUUAAUGUGGCAUGAGAAAAGGCAGUGGAAAGAGCAAAGGCGCGGCCGAACUGAUGAAUAAUUUUCAAAUCUAAACACGGCCCGGUGAAGCUGAUUUUCAAUGGUGCAGUGUUUUGGUGCCAGUAUCUAGGCAUCCCAGCACAGGCAAGCAACAGCAAACUUGGCACCAGAGUGCUGAAAAUGGAGUGGCUGCCUAUUUUUGGUAGCUGUUAGUCACUAGACAGGUAAACACUUAAAUUUGGAAUUGCCAUAGAAUUUAUUUGCUAAUUGUAAUUAACUUUAUUGAAUAUCAGGAUGUUUCACCACCAUUAUAUUAAAUUAUUUUUUGUGAAAUUGCUCCAU